AUGGCUUACUACGGCGAAGGUCAUGCCGACCCCAAGGGUCCUGGCGAUGCCCGACCAACAGCUAUGCAAAUCAUCAAGGACGAGGGCAUGGGAGGAAAGCUCGCGGGAAAGGUCGUUGUUAUCACCGGUGUCUCCUCCGGCAUUGGUAUCGAGACAGCCCGAGCUCUUGGGACCGCAGGAGCUACUCUCUACUUGACAGCGAGAGACUUACCCAAAGCCAAGGUGGCACUCAGAGACUUCUUCGACCCCAGCCGAAUGGAGCUAGUCCAGAUGGAACAAACCUCAUUGACGAGUGUGCGAGCCGCCGCCGAAACCAUCCUCGAAAAAACGAGAACGAUCAACAUCCUCAUCGCCAACGCCGGAGUCGUGGUAUUUCAGAACCUGCAGCUCACCGAUAGUGGCCACGAACUGCACCUUGCAACCAACCAUCUAUCCCACUUUCUGUUUUUCCAGCUGCUCAAGCCUGCACUGUUGACUGCCUCUUCUCCAGACUUCCAGUCGAGGGUGGUCAUGGUAGCUUCAUCAGGACAUCGACGACGCAGCGGUCUGAAUCCCUCAGACAACUACCAUUUCCAAAACGGCGACUACGAACCCAACCGUGCGUAUUCCCAGUCGAAGCUGGCUAAUAUCUACAUGGCCAAUGAGAUUGAGCGUCGAUACGGAUCUGUUGGGUUGCAUGCGCUCAGCGUUCACCCUGGUGCUGUUGCGACUGCUAUUGGGCGGCAUCUGCCGGUUGAGGUGAUUCAGAAGAUGGCGCAAAAUCAGGGGUUGCUCAGGAAUCUGAAGGAUAUUCCGCAGGGAGCAGCGACUACGGUCUGGGCUGCCGUGUCGAAGGGAUUGGAGGGUAAAGGUGGUCUCUAUUUGAGUGACUGUUCCGUGGCCGAGGAGGAUGAUUUGGAUGAGAGUAUUUAUAGUGGGAAAUAUGCUAGCUAUGCUUUUAACCCUGACGAGGAAGCCAGACUCUGGAAGGAUUCACUGGAGAUGGUGGGUCUGCCUAAGGAUGAGUAG